GAGGGAGGAGCUGACCCGGAAUUGCUGGGUGGGGGGUGGCGGCGGUGGCGCGACGCUCACCUUGGUGAGCAGAGGCGCGGGCUGCGGGCGCCAUGGUCUUCCUCACGGCGCAGCUGUGGCUGCGGAACCGCGUCAGCGACCGCUACUGGCGGGUCCAGGAGGUGCUGAAGCACGCGCGGCACUUCCGGGGGAGGAAGAAUCGGUGCUACCGGCUGGCAGUCAGGGCUGUGACGCGAGCGUUCGUGCAGUGCACCCGAGCCCGCAGGUUGAAGAAGAGGAACCUGCGGAUGUGUUUCUCAUUUCAGCUCUGGAUCAGUCGAGUUACAGCUGCUUCCCAGGAACACGGCCUGAAGUACCCAGCAUUCAUCCUCAACUUGAUUAAGGUGAACAUCUCUUCCAGCUGCAAUAACUGCUCUGGCUUCUUAAGAGGCCCCUCCUCCUGGCCCUUGUCGCUGUGUCCAAACAUGGCCACUGGACCAAGCACUUGGAGGCGGGUGGCUGAGUCCUGUUCUGCCAUGCCGAGUGCAGUGCCUGACUACGCACCUUGUCAGAAAAUGGCUCUUAUUGAAAACAACAGGGUGGAGGAUACAAAGAGCUCUCUGGCGGGGCGGACCAAGUUCUGUGCAAGAUGCACUGCUGUGAAGGAGCUGCCUUCUCUUCGUUCAUCUUGAUAAAGGCAGGUUCUUUCACUGGUCCUGGUGAAAGUUUGGGACAACUGUUCAGCAACGGAUAACUAGAUAACUCAGAUGCUGUCGCAGCUGAGGCGAGAGCAACACUGCUGUCCGGUGACGUAAAAACCACCAGAAGCUGGCGGUCACUAAUCCCGAGAGCGCCUGGUACAACAGAUGAAGAAAUGGAGGGUCAAACCCCUGGAUGGCUCCCCGCUGUUGGCAGGAUAAAGUCCAAGCCCCUUCCCAUGGCCCCCGGGGCAUCCCAACCUGGCUCCUUUCCUCCCAACCCUGGGGGAACUCAUGCCUCUUGCAACUUCGUAGCUGCUGUAGAUUUGUAGAAACAUCGAAUUAAACGUUUACAGCUACCCUCUCUCUC